AUGACUAGCUCUCGGAGAUAUCGCUCUUCGAAUCAGCCUUUGACCGCCGCCCACGCGAACCCAGAUGCGACCUCUGCAGCUGUCUUGGCCCUCACCCGGCAGGCAUCGGCAAAUAGCUUAUCGUCCGCCGCUGCAGCAGCGGCAGCAGCCCUUCGAGCUCGUCCUGCAACGCCCACCAAUGUCGCGGACGUACAGACGAAGCGGUCGUUGCGCCGCAGCGCAUCGGUUGCAUCCUCGGCGAGUCGCGACAGCAGAGUCAGAUUGAAGAGAUCUCCCAGUACGGGGUCUAUGUCCGAGCGAACCCUCCGAACGCCGUCCCCUCAUCGAACUGCCGUUACGAACACGCCCGACGAAACCCCUCCAGUACCAUCGAUCCCGGAGGAUGUCUCCAAGUCCAAUAUCCAACAGAAGAGCCCGACUAGACGGCGGACUGUUAGUCUUCGGACCCAGCCGCUGAAGCUCGGAAGCGAGAUAGUAAGAGAAGGACACGCCUCGUGGUUCGGUCCACCUACCUGUGACCCCACAUCGACGAUGCGAACGUCCGAUGCGGUUAUCAAUACCCGACUGGCUCGACCAGGCAGCUCAAGUUCGUCUAUAAACUUCUCAUAUCCGCGAUCGCCUAGGGUCUUGUCCCCGGCCCCGGCCCCGGAACCCGCCCCGGAACCGUCGUCCGCUGUUCAAGCAGCCUCGCGCUCGAUGCACCACCGGCGACAUCCACCGCCAGAAUCCGAUCCUAUCAUGGUCUACGAUCCCAAUACGAGGCGGAUGAUGCCAAAAUCUGAACUGAUCGCUUGGGAACACGGCUUUAAAGAGCCGAGCAGGAAGGCCUCUAAGAAGAAGAAGAAGAAGCACCCGGUAGCGGCACCUGCUCCGGCGGCUAGCGCAGAGCCGAAGACUGUCGUCGAGCCUCAACAUCUCGCGACGGAAGGCGACAAGUUAACCGACCAUAAAAGAGCAUCCGAUGCGCCUGAGCUAGUUACUGGGGACAUGUACGAAGACAUGGGUGCCGAGAUAACCCUCGAGCCGCAGGAGCAUCUUUCUCACACUCAGCAAUUUAUCGAUCACGGGCUACACGUUGAUGAGGAUAUCACUCAUGUGGGUGAUGACGAUGGGGCUAUGCGUGCGACUCUAUUUCCCCUUCGCGAACAGGCUACGGAGAUCGCGCCACCAGCUCACCAAGCCCAAGUUCCCGUCGUCCAUGAGAUCGGUGGAAGUUUGGGCCACCGGCGGAAACCUUCUGAGAUCCUUGAUGCUGUACCGGUCAGGAUGACAGCAUACUAUCGAAUUCAGGUGCCUAUUGAGCUUCCAACUAGUGAUCGAAGAGCCAAGGCCGUUCCACAGCACGAUCCCGACUCUCAUGCCGCACAAGGGCAAACCAAGACCACAACCUCGGAUCAGCCUAGAGAAACAUCCACAAGCCCACGCACAGCACUAUCUCAUCCGACCGAGACACUAGCAGUGCCCGUGCGCCAUUCACCACCGCCCAGGUCAGUGUCGCCGAUAAAGCCGGCGCUUAAACAGUCUACAAGCCCUAACCGUGCCUCCUCCGUAUCCGACAACGGAUCAGAGGUUUCCUUGGAUCAAGGAGGGCAACCUGAACAAGCCCCGACUCGCAAGAAGUCUGUUAGAGUAAGCUUCGACGACAAGAGCACCGUUGUUGUAGGCGAAGCUGCUCCUCAGGUGGAGGAUGAAUCUCCCGCCACUUCUCCGCAGUCUACGACCAGGAGACACUGGUACAAUCUUGGUCGAAGGAGGGAAGGAGGUUCAACUAUGGACGAUGUAGACGAUGGCGAGGUCAUGAAGCCAAGACCUCCGCUUCCGCACUUUGGCAGCAUUCGGGACAAGAAGCUCAGGGAAAUUGAAGAACGGCCUCUCGUGCGGCCGCCUCCUGUCUCGCAUAUCCCCCAUUCGGGCUCUCCCACUAUUCUUCCGACCAUCCCGAGCGUCUCGAAUCUCAGGCACAGCACGGACUUUUCAAACGAUCACGCUAUCGGGUCGAUUCUAACUAGAGAAGUCGAACGAAAGAAUGAAGCGAAUAUCUCUCGUCUGCGAGAGCCCCUGCCUCCUGAGGUCACAUCCGUUGAGGGCGACGGCUUCCUUAGCGACGGAAGUAGUACAACCGGCUUACAGGGCUCGGAGGAUGAGGACGAGGAUAGUUACGUUGAGGGGCAUGUACAGACCUCCUCCCCUGCGGUGGCGGAGACUGUUAGGCCUUCCGGCGAUACUGUGGCGAGCAUCAUCCAGAACGGCUCAGCUACUGCCAAAGGACAUGGUGCUGGUUCGACCCCAGCGACAUCUAGCGCUCCAGAAGCACCUCAACAAGCUAUCCCGAAGAUUGCAAUUUCUCUCCCGAGCCCACAAAUAACGGAGGAUCCUGCCGUGCCUUCUUCUCCUGCUCCGCCAUCCAUUGAGCAAGCGGAGCCUGUCGACAUCCCUGGAAGUUUCCCCGGUGGUGAGGACUCUUCCUCUACCCCCACCCCGCAGCUGCCACCAGCCACCGAUACCGUAACCGCAACAGCCACUAUCCCCCCAGUAUCAAGCACAGCAGAACCGCCCCUAGACAAUGUUGAGGACGACUCUGAAAGCACCAGCAUUUACAGCGACGCUUAUGAGGACCUAUCAGAUAUUGAAGGUGACGGCUUCCUGUCUCUGAAUGCCGUUGUUGACAGCCCCGUCCCGCCCAAAGUUGUCGAUCUUGCGGGAUCACCAGCCGCUGCAGUGGCAAAGGACUCGAGUCAGCCUACAGUGAGCGAGCCUCCUUCAACGCAGGCAACGGUAACGCAGGCAACAGCCGCGCCGGUUUCACUACCCCAGGGGGAUGUGAACUGGGAACAUGCCAAAGCAUACUGGAGGAGUCUAUCGGCCGAGAAGCGCCGACAACUCGAACAGGAAGCAUUAUCAGAAGCCGGUGAGGACGGAGAUUUGGAUGAGAAGGUCGUUGUCGCCAAGAAGCAUAAGAAGAAGAAGGGUGGAUCGGAACAGCGAUCACAGGCGAAGGAAUCCUCGUCUGAAGAGCGCGUCUACCAGAUCCCUCCGGGGACCAAAGUCACGGAUGCUCCUCCGCCGCGAGCCCCCAUUCUCCGAUCCUCAAUGCGAGGAUCUCUUCGUGCUUCGACAAGCCAUUCUACUGCCCUGGUAAAACUAGAUUCACACGGCCGAGAAAGUCUUAGGGGCGUCAAAUCUCCCACUGCCUUACGUGCCGAAACACCAUCCGGCGGCGCUUUGAAAACCGGUUUCCGCAAGACAAUGCGGCCCGAUAACUUUUCACAGAUAGCGGAGCAUGAGACAACUACUAGCCGUACUGCCAAGGGCGAGCGGCCACUUUCUCUUCAACUCGAUGGAAGCAGUGUCAGAGUCCCUAAUAAGCUCAGGUCUGGGCAGGCCAAGAGACGCACUUUCUCCCUCCAAGAGAACAUCCCGUCCGAUUCCCCGGGCAAUUGGCCACUUACUCUUGCACAGCGCCGUGGUUCGAUGGAUAGUGAGAGUAGCUUCCAGCGCACUACUCGGCCUAGGCAGUCAGAGGUGUUCGGAUUCCGGAGGUCUAUGAGGACAAGCGGCAUCGAGGAACCUUCCGCAAACGAGGGCACGGAAUCCAAGAAAAGGAAUAGCUUCAGAUUUAGGUCUAGCUCACCCAACGGUACUACUCCUUCUCAUCCACCUAUAAGCGCCGAAACGAGGAUGAUACGGACGACGAUGCGUGCCGACUCCAGCGACGGGAGCGUACACUCAAUCUCGCAACGGUUUCGACUGCCCUUCUUUGGCAGGUCCAAGAAGAAGGGCGAUAGGGGAAGCAGGACUUCCAGCAGGCUGGACUACUCGAGCGAUGAUGAGGAUGAGCAUGUCGCGCUACCUACCCUAAGAAACAAGUCCCCGCGAACUAGCAGCGAGAGCUGGGUUGCUCGCCGAUUCUCGAGCUCCUCGCAAAAGACCGGUAACGGUAAACCCUUCGCCGCAUCUUCUGCGGCUGCCGCUGCCGCCAAGGGCCGCCCACUGUCAACAGGCACGCUGAGGGAGCCGGUGGAGGAAGUAUCGGAAGAACUUUCCGACAGUUCCGAUGAUGAGGAAGCCGGCAGCAUCCAGGAGCAGCCUGCACAAGUGGCUACAGCUGAUAUUCGCCCGGCUGUGGACGACGGAAAUCACUUGGGUGUCGAGGAAUCCGUUUCCGGAUCUUUACGACGCUCUCGGUCCGGCCGCGGAUCCAUCGCACCUUUGCAAACCGGAUCCGCUAACGGCGCGCCCGCGAACGGAGGCAAGGUUGAGCGACACAAGAGGCAUAGUCUCAUGGCUGUCCUCCGGCGUAAGAAGACGGACCAGGCGGGACGGAUCAAGAGGCCGGAGCGCAUGGAUAGCGCAGCUAGGCGCGACACGAAGCUUGAGCGUAGCGCGGCGGAGCUUGAGGCUAUCCACGCACAUACCGCCAGUUCCCGACAUCAUCAUCAUCACCAUCAUCAUCACUCCCCUAACUCCCUGGGAACGAGAUCCCUCGGCGGCGGCCAGUCAUCGAAAUCUCGGCCGUCAACUGCAACUCAGCAGCCGCAAUUCGACGUCAACGAGGACAGCGACCAGGUCUCUACUAGUACGCCCGUCGACGGCGAAGAGGAGGAGGUCGUUGCUCCCGCGCCACCAGCUUACCUGCGCAAGAAGCCGCCGGUGCGGAAGGCCACUGAGGCCCAAGCCGCACCUUUGGAGCCGAGGAAGAAGAAGUUUGCGGCUCUUCGGCGGAUGUUUGGUAUUGAUGAUUAG